CGCUGAUCACAUGACAGUGAGGAGACUAUUCCAAAAUGGCUGCUACAGCGACUGUGGUUCCUGUUGUCGUUAUGACGUUGUUUUGGCUCCUUAUUGGAGCCGUGGCACCGUUUCUCGUGCCGAAAGGACCAAAUAAGGGGAUUAUUCAAUUGAUGCUCAUACUCACUGCUAUUUGUUGUUAUACAUUUUGGGCACUUGCUUUUAUUAUGCAGUUAAAUCCACUCAUAGGACCAAGUUUAGAAAAUACAACAAUUUUAGCAAUAGAAUGGAACUGGGAAGAUUUUCAUCGUGGUAGUGCUUCCAAAUAAUGACUAGAUGUUUACAUGUAUAUAUUCUGAUAGAGUCAAAUGUUUUAAUUCAGUGACAUAAGCGUUAUUGAAAACGCCCAUCAAUGAUUGAAUCUGCUGUGAAUGUCAUUCAACUCUCCAUGGUUAUGAAAGCUGUCCAACAAUGCUGAAGUUUUCUUUGACUGAGCUGAAGAGCUUGUUUCUUUUUUUUGCUUUACACAUAUUUUACUGAUUUGUGAAUUCGUUAAACAAAAUAUAUUUGGUAAAAUUCGCUGAAUCAAAACCUAUAAAAUAACAAUAUUAUAUGUAUAUAUUCAUUGUUGGAAUUUAAGAUUUCAAAUACUGAAUUCCUCUAUUAUAGGGC